GGAAGUAUGAUUACUCGUCUACAGCUACCUAAUAAUUGUUUUGUUUUGGGGGUUUUUUUUUUUCCUGAAAAACGCCAAAUGCGCUUAAUUUCAUGCUAGCUACACCGUUUGAAUGUCAUUAAAUGUUUUAAAACGCGAUUUUAAAAAAAACUGAUUUGAACUACAUUAUUUAUAGCAGGCUUUCGAGACAGUUAAGCAGUUCCAAGUUGUUCUGGAGUUUCUAAUCGGAUUGAGGUGACAUGAGAAGAUUUAAACGUCUGCUAACAGCCUAGAUAAAGCUAAACUCUUAUCCUCUCUGUAAAACAUUCGCUUUUCCCUUUCAUAAACCCCAAAAAUGCCCCUUUUUAUUAACCGUGACCAAAUAUUCGCGCAUCAGGUGCACUUGCUGGAACACAAACUACGAGGUAAGGAGGAGCGAAUACUAGAAUUGGAGACAGAAAAUGCCAUUCUUCAUAUAAGGCUUGCUGAGUCUAUGGCAAAACUUGAAGAGGAGCCGGAAGUAAAAAACAGCCCACAGAUUGAGGAGAAGAACACCCGUUUACAUUCAGCCGUUGUCAAACUCAUUUCUGAGGUCAAGACUUUGAAGCAGUGCCUGAGUGAGUUCUUUGCCGUCUAUGUAAGUUUUGCCACUGAGCUAGAGGAAAAGAGCAAGCAGCUACAGGAAAUAGUGGAACAGAAAAGAUGCUCUUAUCUGCGAGAAUGUAGCCAAGAUACUGUUGACAGUUUACAAACCCGUUUGAGCGCUCUAGAGCGCUCUCUAGAGGAGGAGCGGGAGAAAUUUGGAGCAGAGAGGCAGCGGAGGAAAGAGCUUCACAACGCGCUGGUGGAGUUAAGAGGAAACAUCCGGGUGCAUUGUAGGCUGCGUCCACUUUUGCCGUUCGAUGACGUCCGGUCCUACCCUUCCAGCUCGGGGCCUGAUUCAUCAGAGCGGGUAAUUCAAGCCGUCAGUGAUGACACUGUGGUCGUAAACUGCAUGAAAGCGGGAGUGCCGGCACAAAACAAGAUGUUUGAAUUUGAGAGGGUUUACGGGCCAGAUGACUCCCAAGAAACCGUGUUUGAGGAAGUCAAGCCUCUUCUCACCUCUUUGCUGGAUGGCUACAACGUGUGCAUAAUGGCGUACGGCCAGACAGGAAGUGGCAAGACUCACACUAUGAUGGGAUCUCCUGAAUCCGACGAACCCUCUGGGUUGCGGCGAGGUGUCAUCGUCAUGGCAGCCACUGAGAUUUUCCGGCUGAUUUCCGAGAAGCCUUCAGCGAGCUACACGGUUGAGAUGUCAGUGACCGAAGUCUACAACAACGACGUGUCGGACCUGCUAGCUAAAGACGCCGGACGACGUCGGGAAAACGUCACCUCAACCAGUCAGGCUUCCUUCACUCAGGAGUCUGUUUGUGACGCCUCCGAGGUGGUGCAGAUCAUGAGUAGAGUUCUACGACUACGAGCUCACUGUUCCACUCUCGUACACGCCGAUUCGUCACGCUCUCAUAUUAUUGUCACACUCACAAUUUCCUCCAAAAGCCCCAACGCGCAAGCCUUGGCCCGUCGCCUGCAAAGCGCCAAGAAGAGAGAAUCGUGGAGUCCAAAGUGUCGCCGUGCCAACGCCAUGCGAAACUCACCUGAAGAAGGCUUCCAAAGUCCCGCCUCCUCCCCUUCGUUAUCGCCAUGCCCUUCCCCGAGAUUGGGCGCCUCGCAAUCGCCGUUUAAAACCAAACUGCAGCUGGUGGAUCUGGCAGGAAGCGAGUGUGUCGAUAUGACUGGAGUAUCUGGCGGUGCCUUGUGGGAGGUAUCCUGCAUCAACCGGAGUCUCUCUGCUCUGUCGGACGUUUUAGCCGCCUUGGCCGAGCAGAGGCCUCACGUCCCGUACAGGAACAGCAAGCUCACUCACCUCCUCCAAGACGUCAUAGGUGGCGACGCCAAGCUGCUAGUGAUGCUGUGCGUGUCCCCCACUCGCCGCUUCAUCACCGAGUCCCUGCAGACGCUGGCGUUUGGCGCCCGGGCGCGUCAAGUCCAUCGAGAUCCGGCCAGGAAGAAGAGCAACACACUUAAAACCUUUCUUCCCUCCCACAAACAUAGAAACAGCAAACCCAUACAAGCGCAGGCAAGUAAGUAGUAACGGCACAAUACAUUCAUCAACUCAACGACACGUUUGGACAAUAAGGCAAGAAGAAGAAAUAAAGAAACAAACGGACGGACAAAAACCAUGGCUGUCGUUUGCAUUUUUUUUCUCGAGCGACACAAAAUGUCUUCCGCAGGUUGCUGCUGUAGAACCAAACGAGGUAAGGCCUCUCGUUACACAGUAAAGGGGGUUCUGUGUAUGUACGUGUGAGGUGAGAAAGCUGCCUUCAUUGGUGUUCAUAACCUCUGCAUACUAAAUAUGAACAGGAACAACCAGUCAUGAAAAGCCGCCAUACUUGAGAGCUAAAAACCAGACUGGAUUAAAAAACAAUGGCUCAAGAAUUCACCCGGACUUCUGGAUUCCCUGGGGUUAAAGGUCAGUGAACGCACACGACAACGACACACGAAUUGUUCCCAAGCGGAAAAAGAACUGCAAAGAAAAUGUGCGAAAUGCAACAUGCCGUCUCCUAAGUAAAAAGACAACACACAAGGCGUGUGGUAGUGCAGAACUCGAACAGGAUGGUAUUUUGGACCACUAGAAAGACGACAACAAGGGACACGGAGAAGCCGACCGACGACGAGACGAACGAAAAAAGCGAGGAAGGGUCCGCCGUCCUCCCGUCACUCCAUCCAGUCGCCUUCGUCGAACUCGGAUUCGUCCUCCGAAUCGGAGUACUCGACGGCGAUUCGUCGGGAUAGGAUGGUGGCCACGUCGUUACCCACGCGCUCGUGCUUCGCUUCCUGCUCUCGCUGCUCUUCCACUUUUCGUAGCUGGAUGCCUAAAAGGGUUGAGGAGCAAAAAGGAAAUGUUUUACUGCCAUUGAAUUAUUGAAGUUGCUAAUUUAUGGAUUUGUUUUUUUACGAGCUAACUUGUUUCAUGCUAGCAUCAUGCUUCCUUAGCAAACAUUUCAUUUAAUCAUUUUCUUUAGCAUCUCAGAGCAUCACGGUGAUGUUACCACUUCAGAGUGUCGACCUACAACUUUGUCAAACACACCUUUAGCUUUGCUGCAUUUUUAGAAAAGACAUUGAAGAAGGUUAUGGUUAUUAGAUCUGGGAAUCUUUGGGCACCUAACGAUUCGAUUACGAUUCAGAGGCUACGAUUCGAUUAUAAAUCGAUUAUUAUUAUAUAUAUAUUUUUUUUUAACCUGUCCUGUUCAGCUGUUUGACACAGAAUGGAAGUCAAAGUGCCCGGGUUGUCUGAACCGUUUUAAUGUUUCACAUUCAGAGUCUGAUAUACUCCCAUUGUGAUCAUUCAAAAUACCUUUUUAUUAUGACAAAGCAGCGAACAGGAAGGGAUUAUGGGGGGACAGAAGAAAAGCAACACAAGAGAAGAAGGAAAAGAAACACAUACACAAACAACAACAAGAAAUACAUAGAACAUCUAGACUAAUUAUUAAUAUGCUGGUGCCAUCGUCGGCGAGAUGUAUUUCCGGUUUACACCAUGUGGGGGCCUAUUGGCCAGUGAAAGAGGGGGAUGGAGGUGGGAGUGUCUAUAAGCUAAGUGAUUGAAAGAGGUAGAGUGUACACAAAUCAGUUCUGUGAUCUAGAACCCAGUAAUCGUGUGAAUCUCUUAUGAAUGUAAGCCCGUUGGCGACCAACCCUACGCCGCCCCAUCGCCAAUCCCGGCACCAGGACCCCCAACACGAGCAUGCCCAACCGCAUCCAGCAGCACGCA